AUGGUAUCUAGCCAGCGGCUCCGCUCGCACAAAACCUUCCUCACCACCUUGCGAGCCUUGCGCCCUGGCUUCCUCUGCCUGCCUUUCGACUCCAUUUCGCCCCUCGUUUCACACAUUGCCUUGACCCGCAACCGACACAAUGGCGCGGUCAUCUCCGUGUCGGGCUUCAACCCCGCACGCACCCACUUUGCCCUUGCCCUUCCAGCGCUAGGCGCGGCGGACAAGGUGCAGGUCUGGGACGUCGCUUCGGACUCUGUCGUCUCUGAAUGGGAGCUCCCCGGAGCUGCCAAGGCCACAGCGGUCUGCUGGUCUUCCAUCUCUGUUUCUGGGGCGACCAAGAAGCGGAGGCGAAGGAAGUCGGGCGCCGAGGGGUCGGGCGCUGACGAGGACGUCCUCCUCGUUGCGUCCACCAAGGGCGACCAGUCCAACCUGGUCGUCUACUUCCCCAACAAGGGCGAGGCUUUGAGGACCAUCUCGCUGCCAGCGAAGGCUACAGCGAUGUGGUCUGACGAGCACGGUGUGAUCAUCGCGACGGAGUCCAACCUCCUCGUGCUUGGUCCCGAGGCUGCGGCCAUUGCCCAUACUUUCGACUUGCCAUCAGCAGUCAAGGCACCAUCAGCCGUCGCUCUCCUCCCCACAUCCACUGGCGAGGAGCUGCACGCGAUCGUUGGCGCCAAAUCUGUUGUAGCAGUCCACCUGUCCACCACCUCAUCCUCCAUCACCCACACCUCUUCCCCCCUCCCCGUGUCGACGACGUCGGUCACCUCGUUGCAACCAUUGCCAAACACACAACAAGGCGCGUCCUUCCUUGUCGUGUGCGAGGAGGACCGCACGGUCAAUCAGUACACCUUCCCCAGUUCACCAACAGCUGCACCAAAACUGUCGUACCGCUACACCUCGCCAACAUUAUCACCAGUGCAUUCAGUGGCGCUGUCCGACGAGUUUGUGGCUGCCCUGCACUGUGACGGCGAGAUCUCUGUCUUCGCUGUUGCUCUGACCGACCUCGACCUCGCCCGGCCAAAAUCGAACAACAAGCCGUCCAAGGUGAAGCUUGUCGAGGGCAAGGAGGAGAAGAUCGCCAGCAUUUGUCGCAUCGAGUUUGCACCGGUCGAUGAUGGUGCGCCGGCCGUGCUGUCGUGCGGUCGCAUGGUCGGCGGUGGCCGCGUGAAGUGGUACUCGGUGACCAUUGAACAGCCCGAGGGUGGCCUUGCUACCAACGUCGUCGUCAAGACCGACGCGCAGGACCUCGUCGCGCCCAAGGACACGGCAAAGGGCUCCAACAACCUCCAACGCUACAAGGCUCCUGCCAACGCCAUCCAGGCUGCGGAUGACGAGAAGGACGAGCAGACCUCGGCCCUCCCAGCGGACGUGGACAUGGCCGACCUGACUCUUGGCGAGCGCCUCCUCGCUGCGCCCACUGGUGCCCAACCCAACGGCGACGCUGCGGCGCCCGCUGCCAAGGGCGCCACCAACGCAGCCUCGCUCACUCGUCUCCUCGUCCAGGCGCUGCACACCUCGGACCCUGCGCUCCUCACCCUCUGCCUUUCCCAUCGUGACCCGGUCCUCAUCCGUAACACGGUGCGCAAGCUUCCGGUGGACCUCUCGCUGCCUCUGGUCAAAGCGUGUGUCGAGCGCCUCGGCCAGGGCAAGGGCGCCCACCGCCGCGGCGGUGGCCGUGGUGGCAUGCAGAACGAGCAGCAGGGCCGUGGCACUGUGGAGUGGGUCAAGGGCGUGCUCAUCGAACGUGGUCACAUCCUCAUGACCAUCCCGUCCCUUCCUGCCCAGCUCGCUCAGCUCUCCAACCUCCUCGCGUCCCGAAUGGAGCUCUACCAGCCUCUUGUCUCCCUCUCGGGCCGCCUCGACCUUGCACUCUCCCAAAUCGCGCUGCGCCGCCAGGCCGCUGAGGCCAAGGAGGUCGACCAGGGCGACGGCGAGCACUACGUCGAGGGCGAGAGCGACGACGAGGUGCCAAUCGAAGUCGGCGAGGAGGACGAGGACGACAUCGAGGACGUCAACAUGAUGGCUGGCUCGAGUGACGAGGACGACGGCGAUGAGGAUGAGGAUGAGGGGGAUAGCGAGGACGACGACAGCGAGGACCCGCUGGACUCGGAUGAGGAGGGGCUGCUCGACCUCGAGGCCGAGGAGAGCGACGACGACGAGGAUGAGGAGGGCGACUCGGACGACGAGUGA